AUGCGUAUCUCCGUUUUCCUCGCUGCGGCCCUGGCUACGCUCGCCCGCGCUGAUGAUGGCAGCACCAGCGUCUUUGGCUACUUCUCUCCUUCUUGGGACCAGGAACUCCUAAAGUAUGGCGGCUGGACAAGCACUGCCGCCAGCCUUGUCGCCAUCAACACCGACGCCGCCACAUACCACGUCGGCUGCGUUAAGGGCGCUCCCAAAACCGACUGCAAUUAUCCUCAUUCAUGGACCAUUGUCCAGGGCCCGGAGACAGUAAGCUUCAGCGGCGUCUAUAUCGCAUCCACCUCAGACAAGUCAAGCAGCUACGACAUCACCGUCACCGAGUCCUAUGAGUGCUCUUUGCAUUCUUCAACCAUGUCGGCCAGCUGCACCAUGAGUUACGGUCAGAGCGGCUCAGACAACGGUGGGAAGACUGCCUAUUCGACUUCCACGUCGGCGACCUACACCACAGCUCCAAUGGCCGAGUCUUACUAUCAGUUGACGGUCACUGCAGGAUUGAGCUCUAUCACAGAAUUCGCGGCGACCUAUACUUCGGCCGCAACUACCACAGCAUCUGCGGCAACCCAAACCGGCGCUGCUGCCGCUGGACCCGUGGGCGCUUUGAUUACGGCCGCUCCUAUGGUUGCUGCUGCUGUGGUUGCUAUGCUAUGA